AUGCAACAUGCGAUAGUCAAUAUCCAUGCAAUACAUGUCCAUGCAGACUUGCUUUCAUCAAUCUGGCCUGCAGUGUUUGGUGGAAUACCAAACAGCUUGGUGCCUUGGAAAUUGUUUGCUUCUUCUUCCCACUCUCCCCGUCAAAAUUACCGCUGCUCGCUCCUUGAUGAACCGGUAUGCUUUGCUUUCCGCUCUUCGCUCUUACAGUACCGUGGCAACUGGGGGCAAGAACCGGUGCCGAUCAGGAUGUUGUGUUCUAGUGCUUGUUCCUUCCAAGUGGGCAACUAUCUGAGGCAUUCUAUUGAAGGACUCGUACCAGUACACUCGGUGCCUCACAGUCACAUCAUAGCUCGCUAA